AUGGCAGUCACACCUUCAUCGCUCACAGGUGACAGUUCGUUGGACAAGUUGGUACUGUCCUUUUACAUCAUUAGAAUGAUGUUGUUAGUUGCAAUCAUAGUCAUAUGUCUACCUCAGUUCAUCUUUGACAUUAGAUACUUUCAUCAAAGGAAACAGAGACCAAAUGCAAGAUGUUGUGUACUAUUCUGUCUAGCUGGAUUUGCUUUAACAAGACUAUUAUACUGUUCAUUCAUUUUGGAUUCACAUCAAUAUGAUACCAAUGACAUGAGAGCAUUCUACUCAUCAAUGUGGGCAACAUUCUUCCAAUUCUGUAUAUUUAUCUUUAUAGGUUGUUUCUGGAUGACCUUACUUUAUACAUUCUUCAUCUCCGAUAAGAUCAAAUUUGAGAACCAAUCAAGAUGUUGGAAUGCCAAGAAUCUGGAUACUUAUUACAAUGUGGCAUUCGUUGUAAUCAUUGGAUUUGGUGGCACAACAAUCUUUAUAAAUGGUCUUACACUGCUGAUUCAGAUGCGACGUCAUGAGAACCAGGUGAUUACACAGAAUACAAAUGUGGCCAUUGCCAACAUUGUCAAUGAUAUCAAGUUGCUAUCAUUUGUUAUUGCCUUCUCAAUGACAAUGUUAAUAGUACGCUCGGUAAUAUUCUAUGUACUCAAAGUGCCACAAGAUAGCAACUACCGACACUUGUACUCAUUCAUCACAUUCCUGGCGGAGAUGUUGUCUUCACUCACUGUGAUGUAUGCCGUUGCCGAUAAAUGUAUCAACUAUCUCAUGUUCAAACCAGUGGUGAUCACUAGACGUUUGGCAAAUGAUAAUUAUCGCAAGAGUAUACCUUUGGCUCAGAUGCAGGCAUUGAACAAGAACAAACCAUUACCGCCAGCCGAUCCCAAGGACAGCACAGAGAAGGAUAGCUUCCAAUUCAAUGACAGCAAACAAAUAUCAAACGAAUUGAAUAGUAUAGAGACUGAUGAUGGUCACAAUGAAUCAGUUGUGGAAGUUGUGCCCAACACUGCAGUCUCACCAGACGUUCAUACUCUGGAAGUAGUUGCCUCAACAUCACCAUAUACUCUGCCAUUCGCCAGCGAAUUAUCUCUGGAUUCAAUGGAUAAUCCAGAACAAACCUGGCUUGGAUCAUACAAACAAUAA